GGUGGCCGGUGGCGGUACUGAUUAGCCAGCAGGACUCUCGCUGCGUUGAGUCAGUCCGCUGUAGCUCUGCCGACUGGAGGGAUGUGACCCCGGAACAGGACGCCCUCCUACAACAACACACCAUUCAAACAGAGCACAGAAGAAAGAAAAGCUGGACCAGGAGGGAGCCACAGGAGCAGGGGGGAUGAACCGCGAGGAGGCCCCGGGGAAGUCUCCUGAAGACAUGUACAUCCAACAGAAAGUGCGGGUCCUUCUCAUGCUAAAGAAAAUGGGAUCAAAUCUCACACCGAGUGAAGAGGCUUUUCUCCGAAAUUACGCAGGUGUGGUCCACAGUCAGAUGAGCCAGCUACCACAGCACAACAUAGACCAGGGUGCUGAGGAUGUGGUGAUGGCGUUCUCGCGGUCAGAGACGGAGGAUCGGCGACAGUGACCCUGGGCCCCCCCAUCCCGCCCCACUGCAUCCCACCCCGCCCCCGUCCGGCCCCGCACGUGAUCCACAACGACCCAGACUCCACAAACCAUGACACUGACGAGCUCAGGAGAGGAGGGGCACCAGGAAGGGACAGAAGAGGAGGGGAAGAGACACCAGGAGGUGGCUGCCUCGCUCUCCCCCAGCCUUUUCCAUCCUGACUCCUCCUCCACACAAGCUGGCACACCAUUACCUGAGAUGCACUCAAGUGGGUCACUGUGGGUUGAAGCCUUGGCAACAAGGCAGUCAAUUGAAACACUCACAGAUUGUGUGGAUGAAUAUCAAAUGUAGUUUUGUUUUUUGUUUUUUUUUGUUUUUGGUGGGGGGGUUUGGUUUUGUUUUGUAUUAUCUCAUCUGUGUUGAGACUUUAGGCAGUGUUACAUGUUUUAUCUGCUGUGGUCACUGGAGGAAUUGACCAGUCAGCAGCUGAUUGAAGCAAAGAGAAAUAUAGUUUUGGUCAAGCAGCAAGUGUGAUGAUUGGUCGUGUUAGGGGAGAGAUUUUAAUUAUUUCUGCUUACCCUAAUGGGGCUGAAAUUGUUUUUUUGAUUUAGCUAUUGUGUUAUAAAGGCUUUUUGUAUUCUGUCACACCAGGGACCUGAUUUAUAAACAUUUUGUGUGCAUAAAAAAUGAACGUGAAAGUUGGGUUCACCAUCUCCCACACAGAUGUUUGGAUUUAGAGAUGCAGAUGUUUCUGGAGAGUGUCCACACUUCUGCUGGAACCUGCACGCUGAAGGCAAAGUAGUAAAAAAAAACAAGAUAAACACUCUACUUUAUGUCCCCUGAUUUAGAGUUAAGAAUUAAAAGAUUUAUAACACCUUAAUGUGUUUGUAAGCAGAUAUAAGGUUUGUUAAUGAAUUUGUCACCAACUAUAACUCCUAAGUGGAGGCUGCUAUAUAAACAGAUGAAUCACAGUAUAAUAAAACACAGUUGAAAUACUGUAAAAUAUGUCCUCAUAGGAGAAGUUAUAAUUGUUGAUAAAUACUAUACAUUAAUAAACACUUAGCCUUGCAUACAGCUCCAUUAGUGUUUACAAAUAAUCCUAUUAAAUGUGUGUAUUUGACCAAUUAAUCUGCAAUAAUAAUAACAAUGCCAUAAAAUUUAAUGUAUUGCUAAUCCAUCUCACACAAUUUAUGAUACUUAAUAUAUAAAUUACCGGCUACACAAUUCUGUGAACUUUGACCCUCAUCUCUGGCUUUUUACCAGUUAGCCAUUGAUAUUAUCAUUUCAGAAUAAUUUAGCUGCCUGAUCCUGCAGUGCUCACUGCUGCUUUGGCAUAUAUGCUUCAUUUUCUCUCAUCCAGAAACAAGAGAGUUUUAGUCUGUGUGGCCCUCCUUUAAUAUUUCUCCUUGUGAUUUGUAGCCUGACUUCUCUGUUGUCCUGUACAAACACUAGAAUGUCAAACUGACUGAUGUGUGUAUUAACACUCACAACAGGCCUGUCAUUAAUCAUUCAUGUUUAAUUAUGGGAGUUAACAGGGCAGGAUAAUGAGGCUGGUGACAUGCUCGAUGGGAUCUCUGAGUUAAGGUGAGGGGUUUUUUUUGUUGUUGUUUUUUUGGAGCACACACAACUUUAUAAAUGAGGUCCCCACUCCUUCUUCUGCUGCUUUAAUUUGAACCAUAGGCUGUUGAGAGUGCAACAACGCUUCUCUUGUGGGGAAAGCGUUAAGAAUUAAAGACACUAGCAGACAUAAUCACAUGAAACACAGGUGUACACAUUCUCCCCAAACAAAUAUCUGGUUUUGUUUUGGGUUAUUGUGACAUGUAAAACCUUUUUUUUAUUGUACAGAUAGUUGGGAAAAUACAGUAAUGAUUUGAUUGUGCCAAUUGUAUUUUUUUGUUGUUUUUUUAUCUGUAAGAUAAAAUUAACAUAUUGAUUAAGAAAACUGAUAAGAGACAAGGUGUAGUUGUAAUUUAUUGUUCUCUGAAUUGACUCCCUGUUCCUCUGACACAUCAUUAAAGAUAGAACCAGUAGAUAGUUAAAGCCUAACAUGAGUCACUCUUUAAUAUCAUCAGCAGUGGCUCUUUGUUCACACUAAAAUCAUACAAACUCUAAUUUUUAACUACCUGUAACUAAACACGUGAAGCCAAACAUUAGAACUGUGUGCUAUUUCUGACUGUACUGUAUCUCUUGCACUAUUAUCAGUGGGAUAUUUGCAAAAAAUACAUUUUGAUAUUUAGCACAGAGAUUCUAUGUUUGGUUCAAUGGACAAAAGAAAACUUUGUAACCAUGUUUUUAUUCCUUUGGUGAUUUAAAAAAAAAUUUCUCUGUGUUUAUCGACUCAACUGGAAUAGCUCAAAUGAAUAUUUGUUAACGACCGACCAUGUUUUUCUAGUGACAUGCUCAAUAUUUAAUGUGUUUUAAGUACAUUUGUUAACUUGUAUAACUUAAAAUAACUGUAACGUUUUAAAGCCAAGCAUGUCUGCCUCGUGGUUUAUAAUGUUCAUUCAAGUGGGGUCGAGGGUCUUUGAAGCCUCGCCACAAUGACCAUUGUUUGUACAUUCUUGACAUUUGUGGAAGCUACUAGCUCUUUUAAAAAAAAAACUUUCAAAAAAAAUUUCUCAUUUUUGUAUGGGUAAGUGUUAUCCAUUAUAUCUUGUUGGCAAUAACUUCUAUUUGAAUGUCCUCAACAAUCAUCGCAAUGUAAACGGCCAACAGAUCCGUCACGCUGUCCGCCUAUGACAAAGAAAUUUGUCUUUUUAUGUUUACUUUUAUUUUAAAGCAUUCUUUAUUUGCCUAUGCAUUGUUUUUUUUUUCCUCUAAAAGGUGUCUUACUGUACAUUUUACCUAUCAGGGUUGUUCUACAGCCUUUGUUCAAGUUGUGAAUGAAUGUCUGCGUGAGAGUGCAUGUGUGAGUGUUUGUGUGGGAGCGUGUGUUAUCAUCAUUGAACUUGCUACCAGUUUUGAUUUUCAGCAUGCUGUUGAGUUUGACUAGGAUCGAUGUAUCUUUUUACUGUGAUGACCUGACGUUGCCUAACUGUCCUUUUUAAUUUUUUUGAGUUCUUUUUUUUUUUUUUUUUGCCUUUGUAUUUUAUUUCCCUCUCAAUCGACAUUGAUUAGUUGGUUUUGUUCUGUAUGGCUGCUGACCAUGUCUUGACUUAAUGCUUCCAAAUCCUAUACCAACUGAACCAUUAAAGAAAUUUUAAACAGUGAAAA